CAGAUAAUAAACGGGCGAGGUCAACGCUGAUUCUCUGAAGGGCCUUUGGCUGGCUGGCCAUCAUCAUGUUCGCGAAGUCCAGAGGCAGCAGCACGGCGCCGUGCGACUUGCUUCCCGAUUCGAUACGUAACACAUAUGAAAUCGGAAAGCAGUCCGCUACGGCCGGACCAGAGAACGUCUGGCGCAUAUACGACGGCUAUCGGAAAAAGGAUGGGAUGGAGGUCUCGAUUUUUCUGUUCGACAAACGGUCCGUGGAGAAGCUGCACAAACCGAAACGCCGGGAAACAGUCACGGAUAUCCUGCGCAGGGGCGCUGCUCAGAUGGAGCGGUACUCGCAUCCGAAGCUUCUUCAGGCGUAUAAAGUGGAGGAGUGUGCGGACACCUUGGCCUUCGCGUCGGAGCCAGUCCUCGCAAGCCUGGCGAACGUCUUGGCGUACAAGGAACAAUUGGCAAACGCGCUCACGGCGCAAUCCUCGGGGCUGAUGGGCAAGCAGAACCACCCGCCGACCACCAGCCACCACCGGUCGACCCUCGUCAAAGAGUACGAGCUGCACGAGUUGGAGGUCAAGUACGGGCUUCUACAGGUGAAAAUAUUUUAAAAUAUUUGAAAAUGUUUUAUAAUU